AAGGCUUUGUCUUUUCUGAGCCAUCCGUUCCAGCCAUAAAAACCAGAGCAGGUGGCCCUGGAACUCUUCGUCCUGUGUCUUCCGUGGUAAGAGGAGUGCUGGGUGACUAGGCUUCUGUGCUGGAUUACCUCUGGGGAAUUUAAAGGAAUUUUGACAAGGAAACCCCAAACCAAGGACAACAAUGGAUGAUGUAUAUAAAGCAGCGGUAGAGAACUUAACAGAAGAACAGAAAAAUGAGUUCCGCGCUGCGUUUGACAUCUUCGUACAGGAUGCAGAGGAUGGCUGCAUCAGCACUAAAGAGUUGGGGAAGGUAAUGAGGAUGUUGGGCCAGAACCCCACCCAAGAAGAGUUGCAGGAAAUGGUGGAUGAAGUAGAUGAGGAUGGAAGCGGGACAGUGGACUUUGAUGAGUUCUUGGUGAUGAUGGUGCGCUGCAUGAAAGAGGAGAGCAAAGGAAAAUCAGAAGAGGAGCUCGCUGAAGUCUUCCGCAUGUUUGAUAAGAACGGAGAUGGUUACAUUGAUUUAGACGAGCUGAAGAACAUGCUGGCGUCGACAGGUGAGGCCAUCACCGAGGACGACAUCGAGGAACUCAUGAAGGAUGGAGACAAAAAUAAUGACGGCAAGAUCGAUUACGACGAGUUUUUGGACUUCAUGAAGGGUGUCGAGUAGAAUUCUUCCCGACUCAUGGAAAGGACAGCGAAAAUAAAUCAACAGGUCAUUCCUGACGUCACAAUCAGAACAUGGACAAAUUAAGCAUUUUCACACGUACAGAUGCAUGGGAAUCGU